GAACAUUUUCAGUCAUCGAGGUCAGAUAUGUGAAGCGGAUUUUUUCACAAUAUUUUCAAUGCAAAACGAGAACUAGGAAUUUAUAUAUGUAAUUUUUAUCCUGCUGAUCCCGAUAAUGAGGUUGAUCUCCACACACACGCGUCUUUUUCUCUACACGUGAGUUUACUUCGUUACGUAACUAAACAGGAGAACACCUCAAACACUUCACGAGCAGUUUACCGACAGCUUAAAUUUAUUUAUAUCCACGUCCACCGGUGAGUGGAAAGAUCAGAGCAGGCGAUAUGGAAGAAAAUGAUUCUUCCCAACGAAGGUUUCAAAAAACUAACUCCCUUUACUGGGCGAGAAAAGAUCUUCGCCUUCAUGACAAUCCUGCUCUUCGAGAGGCUUUACUCUGUUGUGACACCUUUCGUGUUGUUUAUAUAUUGGACACGAAAAGCGUAGAAGGUUCCCGUAUAGGCCUUAAUCUUUGGCGAUUUCUGCUUCAAUCGCUGGAAGAGCUUGAUAACAGUCUAAGAAAGUUAAAAUCAAGGCUGUUUGUAGUGAGAGGGCAGCCUGCGGAUGUUCUUCCUAAGCUCUUUCUAGAAUGGAACAUCACAAAGCUAACGUUCGGGGAAGAUACAGAUCCAUUUGGGAAAGAAAGAGACUCAGCUAUUCAAAUGCUGGCCAGAGAAGCUGGUAUUGAUGUUAUUGUUCGGCAGUCGAACACACUGUACGACUGGCCAGAAUUAAUAUACCAAAAUGGAGGAAAACUUACCUGCUCAUACAAGAGUUUCCUCAAUGUAAUUCAAACCAUGGCCCCCCCUGAUCUACCAGAGGAGACAAUAACAUGUAACUCACCAGGACUUGGUUACACACCCCUUGAUGAGGACUGUUUUGAUAAAUAUGAAGUGCCGUCAUUUGAAGAACUUGGCCUUGAUUCUAGUAAAUUGUGCACUGAAGCAUGGCAUGGAGGAGAAAUUGAAGCACUUAACAGGCUUAAUCGACAUUUAGAACGAAAGGCAUGGAUAGCAAGCUUCGAGCAUCCUAAGAUCACCCCAAAUAGUCUUCAUGCAAUGGCUCAUAGUGUAAGCCCCUACCUAAGAUUUGGGUGUUUGUCUCCAAGGCUGUUCUAUUCUCGCCUGACAGACCUUUACGAAAAGGUAAAAAGGAGAAAGCCAUCAAUUUCCUUAUAUGGUCAAUUGCUGUGGAGAGAAUUUCUUUAUAUGGUAUCAACAAAUAAUCCAAACUUUGACAAGAUGCAUGACAAUCCUUACUGCUUGCAAAUACAGUGGAGAGAUGAUAAUUGUGUUGAGGAAGAUUUACAGAAAUGGAAACUGGGCCAAACAGGAUUUCCAUGGAUUGAUGCAAUCAUGGCACAGCUCCGACAAGAAGGUUGGGUUCAUCCUAUGGCUUGUUACGCGACAGCUUGUUUCUUGACAAGAGGAGCGCUCUGGAUAAGCUGGGAAGAAGGCAUGAAAGUAUUUGAAGAGUAUCUUCUUGAUGCUGACUGGAGCGUCAAUGCUGGAAACUGGAUGUGGUAUUCUUGUAGCGCUUUUUCUCAGCAUUUCUAUCUUCCUCAGUGUCCAGUAGAAUUUGGUAAAAAGCUUGAUGAAAAUGGGGACUACAUUAGGAAAUACCUACCAAUUCUGAAGGGUUUCUCGAAUGAAUACAUUCAUGAGCCAUGGAAAGCACCAUGUCGUGUGCAAAAGAUUGCACGCUGCAUGAUUGGAAAAGACUAUCCUUCACCCAUGUUUGACCAGGAAGAAAAGAGAAAACAAAAUAUGGAAAGAAUUCAAAAAAUCAUUGACUCACAACAGCCAAGUAUAGAGAUUCAGCAGUGUUAGCUUAAGAUAAUGAAGAAUUCAAGAUAAUGGCAAGAUCUUCAAGCAUUUGAAAGUAGUAUAUAAUUCACAAAAUAAAUAAUAAUUGCGGUUGUAUAUAGCUUUUGUAAAAUUAUGCAAGCAGCAAGAUUAUUCUCAUCUACCCUCCAACGCAAUGCAUUGUGGCAUUGGUUUCUCAACUUUGUUGCAGUGUGACAUGUUUGUAUGUCAUUCUUGCUAAUACACAGAAUCAAAAAAUAUGUUGACUAAUUUGUGUAAAUAACUAUUUUUCUGGACUGACUAGCCACAUGUUCACUUGGAAACAUAAAAGAGUUGUUUCAGAAGUAUGAGACGCCCAGGUCAGUCCAGAACAAUAGUUUUACAAAUUGAUAACCCAUAUUUUAUUCAGUGUAUAUGCAGUCUUUUGAUUCCCGAAAAGAAAAAAAUUAAAAUGCCUCAAAAGUCCCAACCUGUGAUCAUUGCCACAUGAUCAUUUGAGAGAAGCUGAAUAUUUUGCCAUAAGUUUAGAUUCCAAUUAAUACUGGCUAAUCUUAUUUCUAAAUAUACAAACUAAUAUAAGAUCUUAUUUUCCAAAAUUCAGCAUACCAAAAGGUAACUAAUAUAUGAAUACAAUCAUAUUAUUAAUAGUGUAAUUGCUAAUGUACAUAAAUGUUAUUUAUAUUUAUUUAAUAUUGAUUGACCAAAUUGUAAUUUCUAUGAUUUAUUAUUUAUGGUUAAUUGAUAUAAACAGUUUUAGAGAAAUAUCACACAUUUCAACAUGCAUGUGUAUGUGUGAUGCAUUGUGUGUUAUGAUGCAUUGUAAUAAAGAUAGAGAUCGGAAUAUGGGAUAUUUGCAUUAUGGCUUCACUGACUACAACUACCAUAAUCCCUUGCACACUUUUUUUUGAUCAGUUAAUUUGCACUGAUUGCCCAUUUGUUACAGUUCUCAUAAGGAAAUAAGAAUUUAAUGAAAAAGAAAAUUUGCAAAGCAUUUUGGUCUAGUGAUAGUCAAAUGCUGCCAUCAUGCAAGUUUUGGACAGGACCCAAAACGUUUUGGCCAAACUGUUAUAGUAUGCCUUAUUUGGAUUUUCUCAAAUUUGUUUGUACACCCAAAAUAAUGAUUACCUUGUCCACCCAAACCAUCCAUACUUGCUUUGCAAUUGCAUUUUAGGGACUUGGUAUCUACUUUGUUUAUUUACUAGCAACAUAAAGCUGUCAUCUAGCAUGUUAUAAACCUUGUUUAGUGUAAAUUGAUCUAUAAUUGAUGCCUAAAUAUAUGUCUCUUUAGUAGUCAUAGAAAAUAAAAUAUAAAACAUUUUCAUU